AACAGGAAGAGGAGAAGCGAGGAGGUCGUGAUUCAAAUAUUCGCGGAGACAAAAAGAGGGAGAAUUGGCCAACACUCAUCAGAGGCGGUCGUUGCGAUAAAAAGCUUGGGAGAGGGGUUUGGUUUUUCAUCCCCCACCCCUUCCUCUCUUUUUGGAAGAUUCUUAUUCUCUCUCUGAAAAAAGAACAAAACUAUGUCGUUUCGUCCUUUACCUUGCCGGGUACGCUCUGGUUUCUCCACUUCUCUUCUCUAUUAAACGCGAUCACAAAGAUAUUCACUCGUCGCUUAGGUUACCACCGCCGCCAGAACAUUUUCUUGUUCCUAUAAGGUUUGUUCGUUUGAAAUUAUUUGGUAGGAUUUAGGUUGAGUGACGGUGCUGUUUUCUUAUGACCAGGUCUUAACCGUGGCACUUUUAAGAUUUUAUUCAGGUUAUUAGGAUUACUUCUGGAUGUGAGCCAGUGAUUAGAGUGCCAUGCCAACGUUCACAGCUAUAGCUUUGGAUAGGUUUUUAGAACCUGGGGCUUCCAGAUCAGUUGACAAAUCUGGUCCUAAUUCACGGCCUAUUCCAAAUCUGAGAUCUGCUAACAAUUCCAAGCUGGAGAGGGGAAAUAGUACGUCAGUAAUUGAGAGGAGACCUCCACGCCCCCAGAUAUCACCAGCCCUCUAUGCUACCCCUGAAACAACUCCUCUCCCAGAUUCACCUUCUUCAUUCCCUCCUUCUCCAUACAUCAUCAAUCACAAGCGUCGUGGGCCCCGGCUUAUGAAGAGUGCUUCUGAGGUUGAUGUCUUGUCUCGAACGAAAACACUUGAUAAUGAUGUGGUCAACGGGAAUUCAGAUGUCGCAGAAACUAAUACUGUGGAUUCAACUAAAAAUGGUAUUCUUACUUCUACAAUUCCUGGUUCUAAAAUUCCUGAUAAUGAUCAGGAGGAGCGUGAAAAUGGAAUUCACGAUAGCCACAUUGAAGAAGAGCGUCAUGAUGGUGUAAUUCGUGGACCGGUUGUUGUUCAGCAUGCUGUGAAUGGUGUCCAUACUGGAAAAAUAGGAAGCAAUCAUGUGGAACUUGGGAGCAGUAACAUGCAUAUUGACUUUGACAAGGGAAAUGGCAUGGUGAAGCCUGCUGUGUCAAGUCCUGAAAGAGAUCUAGACUCCGAUGAUUUCUUUGAUCCACAAGAUUCAAUGAGUGUCACAAGCAAUACAGAUGAGGACAUUUCUGGGGCAGAAAGUUCGCUAAAGCUAGCUACGCCAAUAGGAGAGUUUUAUGAUGCUUGGGAAGAACUGUCAUCUGAGAGUGGGCUACAGACUGCUGUUCGCAAUAUUGAAGCUGAGCUAAGUGAAAUAAGAUUGAGUUUAUUGAUGGAGAUAGAGAAGCGGAAGCAAGCAGAAGAAGCUCUGAAUGACAUGCGAAGCCAGUGGGAACAUAUCAGACAACGACUGGCCCUUGUGGGUGUGACGCUUCCUCAACCUAUUGCUGUAGCAGAAGGGGAACAUACAGCUGCUGAACCUGCAGAAGAGCUAUGCCGGCAAGUUAAUAUUGCACGGUUUGUGUCACAUUCUAUUGGAAGGGGCAUAGCAAAAGCUGAGAUGGAGGCCGAGAUGGAAGCACAGGUUGAGGUAAAGAACUUUGAGAUUGCACGUCUGGCGGACCGACUUCAAUAUUACGAGGCUGUGAAUCGGGAAAUGUCUCAGAGAAAUCAAGACGCUAUAGAGAUGGGGCGGCGUAAUAGGCAGAUAAUGAAACUAAGGCAGCGUUGGGUCUGGGGCUCAAUUGCUACUGCCAUAACUCUUGGCACAGCGGCCUUAGCAUGGUCUUACCUCCCCUCUGGAGAUGCAUCUGUUUCCAGCAAUGGGUCUCAGGCUUCUGAAAGUAAUGAUGCAGCUAAACAAUGAGCGGAUCCCAAAAAGUGGUCUAUGACGCUGUUUUGUAGAAGAAAAAGAUAAUAGGAGAUAAUAAUUUGCCCUCCCUGUGAAUAGCAAUAUCUUGCUCUUAUGAGUUGCAUUCUGGGUAUUUAUUUUUUUCAUCUGAAUAAUUAGAGCACCACCGCCGUUGUUCCCGUCAGAGGUUAUAAAUUGAUGAUUGGCGUCUAGUUUUUGGGCUUUUAUGCCUGUAUGCAUGUUCUUGGGUAGUUGAUUGCUUGAUUUGGU